AUGUCAACGCAACCACCGCCGUUGCCUCCAAGACCUAUCGAGCAAACCAUGAUGAACUCUAUGAUGGGCGGCGCUGGAUUUGGCGGUUUUGGUGGAAUGGGCAGCUACGCACCAAUGGGAGGAAUGUAUGGAGGCCCAGCAAUGUACAGUGGCAUGGGUUAUGGAGGAUUCAACAAUCAUUAUGGAUACGGGCACAAUUCAGAAAGUAAUUUCGCCCGCCUUGCUGAGGAACAAUCACGAGGCGCAUUCCAAUCCAUUGAAUCUGUUGUGAACGCUGUCUCUUCUGUGGCCAACAUGCUCAAUUCGACACAUAACGCUGUAUACAGCUCAUUUCGAGCGGUCAUUGGGGUGGUGGAGCAAUUCGGCCGUCUCAAAAAUCAAUUGUCAUCUGUAAUCGUGUCGUUUGCUUUAUUUCGCUGGAUUCAACGAUUCUGGAGAUGGCUGCUGGUUAUGCUUAAGUUGAAGCCGGCGAAUUAUGCAAGUGUUGCGGAAUUGGCUUGGGGAGACGCUGCGCAACCAUAUGCUUCUGAUCUGCUGGGUGCAAGUAAAACGAACGUCGUCAACUGGCCAGCAGCAUUAUUCUGGAUUGUUGCUAUUGGAGGACCUUGGCUCAUUUACAAAUGCGUGAACCAAAUGGUACAAGCUGCCGAAGAAAAACGUAAAUGGGCUACGGGAACUGGAGCUCAUUACACAGCUCUAGCACAAUUCGACUUUCAAGCAUCGAAUGAUCAAGAGCUUAGUUUCAUGAAUGGUGAGACGCUUCGUGUGGCCCCUAAGGAAGAGCAGCCGAGAGUUCGUGGAUGGUUGUUGGCAAGUUCGGCUGAUGGCUCGAAAAUUGGCCUAGUUCCUAUGAACUACAUCAAGAUUCUUGGGAAGAAGAGCGAAUCUCCGCCAUUGGCACUUGCGAGCAACUUAGAUGCUCUUGGAGGAUUCUCAUCAAGACCUAACAGUUCUAAUACUGCGUAA